AUGGUCAAAAAGAUUGUCGCUGCUUUGCAAGUGGGCACUUUGCCUGGAGGCACUCAAGCUACACUGGAUAACAUUUUAUCUUAUGAAGAGGAAAUCAAGAAAAAUAACGUCUCUCUAGUGGUCAUACCAGAGGCCACAUUAGGUGGGUAUCCAAAGGGAUCAAAUUUUGGAACAUAUCUAGGAUAUCGCUUGGAUUCUGGCAGGAAGGAAUUCGCCAAAUAUUUUUCUCAAGCUAUUGAGGUCGGAUCUGGUGACGGUUUUCCAGAAAUCAAUAAACUGUGCAAACUCGCGAACAGAACCGGUGCUUUCAUAUGCUGUGGGUGUGUUGAACGUGAUGGUUCGACUCUGUACUGCACCAUGGUCUAUAUCGAUCCAGAAGCCGGCUAUGUAGGGAAGCACAGAAAGCUCACGCCCACAGCCACCGAACGCUUGAUCUGGGGACAAGGCGAUGGGUCUACCUUGACAGUAGUUGAUACUAAAGUUGGUAAAGUUGGUGGCGCAAUUUGUUGGGAAAACAUGAUGCCACUGAUGAGACAAACGAUGUACGACAAAGGAGUUGAAGUUUGGUGCGCCCCCACGGUAGACCAGAGGCCUUUAUGGACGGUCGUGAUGCAGAACCUUGCCUAUGAGGGGCGCUUGUUUGUUGUGAGUGCGGUGCAAAUAAUGCAAAAUGCAUCUGCUAUGGGACUUGGGGAGGUAGCUGACGAAGCCACCGGGCGAAGAAAACUACCUGGCCUUGACGCCAGCGAUGAUAAUUGCAUCGACGGAGGCAGUGUUAUUGUGAAUCCUUUCGGUGAGAUAAUUGCUGGGCCUUUGCGAGGAACAGAGGGACUGCUCACAGCAGAAAUCGAUACAGACUUGAUGGUAGAGGCACGCUACGAGUUUGAUGUUGUUGGUCACUAUUCAAGAGGAGAUGUUUUCCAGCUCAAUGUUAACGAGACUCGUCAUGGUGUUAAGUAUACUUCCUGA